AGGUGAUUGCCUGACCUGGCCUGCGUUCAGCAUUCUUCGUAUAGCCCUCUCGAAAACGACCCCGUGGACUCCUUCUGGACAGGUCGAAGAGACAUCGGUAUGCCAGGUAUACCUGGUCCGCUGGGAAUCCUCCCUGGAUUGACCUAUGACCCUGUGACAAAUCGAUACUAUUCGACUCCAAAAGUCCGACCGGCGGUGGAUCCAAAUACGUCCUCUGUCCUCACGCCCAAUCCGACGGCCUCUAGUUCGACAGCACGAUUUACCAGAAGAAAUGCUCCUCGAUAUCAGUCUGAAAGCUCUGCUUCCGGGUCUGCGUCUGUGCCGGCGCAGGAAACCUACGGAGCCGAAGGCAAAGGCAGAGUCUUGCCAUCCACAGCAUGUUUGGAUGAACGCAGAGCCGAUAAGAGAUUGAAGCUCGAUACUGAGCCUGAAAAGGAAAGGUCCGAAGGAGGGCGGUCGAGACGACGGCAUCGUCUGGGCUUGAUAUCGACGGACUCAAGGCCUAGAAUACAAGACCAAUUCAGCCACGAUAUGGCGUCUGGUCUACGUCUCACCAGCGCUAGAUUCUGCAACUGCGGGCAUACUGGAGAAAACAUCAACGAGAUCAAGGCAUUCGGUGACUCUGCAUAUUACGCUACAACGGGUCAUGGGAGAAUCGUCUUCCAUCGUGAGAAUGGAGAGACAUUUCGUGUGCAGGUCUGUGCCCAAAGUAUCAUCGCUUUGCACCAGGAUCCCCCGCGUAUGGUCACAAUGGCAAUCUCUACUGGGACCGAAGCGCACAUUCACCAUUUUCGACGCACGCCUGAAAACCCGUCGGAAAUUGAGCAAUCAGAGAUCAAUCUUCCACCGGGAGAGAUCUUCAGCUCGUCAUCUUUUGACGAUGCAUGCACGCUCGGCGGUGAGAGAGGUCUGUCCAUUGUCAAAUACACGACAGAGCGCUACUAUUCUCAUCAUCGGAAAUUGAAAUCGGAUGUCCUGGCCGUAGAGCAUUUGGACCGGAAUCUGGUAUUUGCGGGUCUGCGCAAUUCGGCAAUCUUACUGGAAGAUCUGCGCGUCUCCCCUCGAGAUAGCAACGUCAUGGGUCACACUGUCAAAGGGAGAUCAGUCGUAGGGAUCAAAAAGCUGAAAGAUUCAGUCGUACCGUGGGGAGUGGCAGUCAGCAGCAUGUCCGAUGAGCUAUUGAUCUUUGAUGCUCGAUUUGGCAAGUCUCCACUGCACAGUUUGCAAGGGCAUGUGAACAAUUAUAGGAUCCAUCUGGGUAUGAAUACCACCCCGGACGACUCAUAUCUCUUUUCAGCCGGUUCAGACAAUCGAAUUCGGGCUUGGUCCACAAGGACCGGCACGAGAUUGACGCCUCCAAAGGACGUGGACUGUUUCUUCGAUUUCGCUUCUCCUGGUGUCUCAGGCUCUCAUCCCUCCCGAAUGCUUCGGAGGACGUCAUUUGACGACACGCCCGGUCCUGGAGGUGAUAUGAGUGGGAUAUUGGACCAGGACGAUACGCUGGAACUUGUUGAAGUGGAUGAAGAUGAGGGCGAUAUUCAGGAACAAGAUUCCGUGAGCAGCAACGACGAUGAUCGCAAUGAGGAGGAAGAAGACGACGACGACGACGACGACGAGGAAGAUGAAGAAGACGAAGGAGACGAGGAAGAUGACGACGACGAGGAGGACGAAGAAGACUCUGAAGAGUCUGAGAGCGAUACCUCUGUCCAGGACGAGCUCUCACGACGGUUACUUCCAGGAAGAGGUAACACCGUUCGAUACGUGCCUGGUCGAUUUGGCACUGCACCUCACACUCCACCGACUUUCCGUCAUCCGUCACAUCAGACGGUCCCCUUCUUCCGAAGAGAAGGUACGACGUCCCCACAUAUACCUGGUCGCAUAGCCAAAGACGAGACGAAUGUCCUCCGACGAGUUUUCCUUAAGCGAGUCUCCAGUCUUUCUUUUCAUCCUGGGUCUUGGGCUUUGACCGUUGCUUCAGGAGGAAGACUGGAACGUUUCGAGGUCAACUUGUUUGACAAUGGAGAGGACGGCAGGUCUGAUGGCUUCGGGGGCUAGUCUGAGGAAUGAGCGCUCAGUGAAUGUUGUAUUGUGCCCAGACGUUGCACUUUUGUUAUAUAUACAUGAAUGCAUUCG